GCUUGCAGUAGGUAAUAGGAAUAUCAUAUAUAAGAGUCAUAUAUGGCUAGAUGUGGUUUGAAGCUGGUGUCUGAGCUGAUUGAGAGGGCUGAACAUCACAUCAUGUCUGAAACUGCUGAUGUGGACACAGAGCCUCUGAAAUGGCCCAUAGCUCCAGAUGGUUACAUUCCCAACUCUGUGAUCCGUGCCUGGGGGAGGAAGGGAAAGGACCUCUGUCGGACAGACAGUCUGGGCGACAGUUUUCUUCUUGGUCAUCAUCACUGGGUGGAUGAACACAGCACGACAAAUGAGGAAGUGGCCACAGAGAUUUUCUGGUUUUUUUACAAUGACGAGGAAGAGGAAGAAAAUGCAGCGGAGAUGAAAAUAAUGAGAAGGGAUAAGGAAGAGCACAGGAAGAAAGUGAAAUAUCAAACUGAUGGGAAGGGAGAAGAGGAUACGAAGAAAGAGAAGAAAGAUGAGAAAACUGUGCACAAAAAGGAACAAAUGCAGGUGGAGGGAAAAGAACGAACAGAGCAGAAGCUAACUGUAGAAGAAAAGACAGAUAUGUUUGUCACCUUGAAGCCGUCGUUCGCCCUCCAGACUGAGACUAUGAAGAAACAAAAAACCUUGGAUGAUAUGACUAUGAGGCCUCAGCCGCCUGAAGCUAAAUCAAGAUCCAGUACAAAGAAUGUUGACAACAUCCUAAUGCCCUCCUGUGAUGAAAAUGGACAUAAACCACUGACAGAGCAGAUUGAGUGUAAGGAGAUUUAUAAAACUGUCACCCCUACUCCUCCACUCCUCCAUCAUCUGUCCGUGCCCAAACACCAGAGGACAUCCAGUUUCAUUCCUAAAGGUGGUCUGGAGGCUCCAGUAGAAAGUCCUGUGGUGCCUGUCAUCCCAAAGCAAGAAAUUAGGCAUACAGCAUCUGUGUACCAACCAUCUUCAGAGACCGAAUACCGAGUCCCUCCUCCUCUAACUACUCCUCCUCCAAGUCCAGAAGAUCCAGAACCUCAAUCAGUACUUGGCCACCCUGAACCCUCUCCACCCGAGGAUCUAAGGUUCCUGCUUUCCUCUGCCAAAUAUGACAACAUCCAAAAACAAGUACAGGUGACCCUUGAUCACAAAGCCUUGCAUCUCUACAAGAAAUUCAAAGGCUGCAACAACAAAUCAAAACACAGUGGAAUGUCGACUCAGUCCCACAGCAUUAUCGAUCCCGAAAAUCCACUGUUUUCUGAGUAUCUUGCCCAGCUAUACCACCAAGUCAAAGGCAAAGAUUGCAAGCCCAUUCCUUCAUGGAGGAAGAGUCUGUACAAACUUAUCUCUCUCCAAGGUUUCCGCUCUCCAAGGGCUGCAAAGUUGGCUGCUACAGAGAGUUCAGUAAAGUCUUCCAAUGUCACACAACUUGUGGCAACCAUGCCCUCACUGCAGACUGAUCAAGGAGCACCACAUCAGAGGGUGGUGCAGAAGAUUAAGAUAAAAGACAACCUGGAGCAAGCCCCUGAUUGCUUCUGUCAUGUAAUCCCAAUGGCCCCCCAACAGACCUUCUUCACUUUGAAUCACUGUGGGAAAACUCAGUAUGGAUGGCUGCAUUUUGACUGGCUGAGGGGAUCUGAGGAGGAAAAGCUGCUGAACUUGUUAUUAGUUAAGCCACAGAAUGGUAAAUAGACAGUCUGUGCAACAAUAAAAUAAUCUGUUGUGGGUUAUUUUA